AUGAUCUUUGGGUUCUUCAGCUGGAUGCAAGAUACAAGAUCUUUGGGCUCUUCGGCUGGAUGUAAGAUAUUUGGGCUUUUCGGCUGGAUGCAAGAUGAUCUUUGGGCUCUUCGGCUGGAUGCAAGGUGGUCUUUGGGUUCUUCGGCUGGAUCCAAGAUGCAAACUCUUCGGUUAGAUGCAAAGUG